AUUUCAGUCCGCCAGUCGCGAGCUGAAAUUCAAACACAGAACACGCAAAGUUGUACCGCUCCGAUAGUGACCUAGCGAAUUUGUAAAAAGGACAGUUUUUGUUCUCGUGAAAAUAAAAGCUGGAAUGCGGUAGACAAAGACUAUUCCGUUGAAGUGUGACUGACCAUUGAGAAAAAGGGAAUAUUGAUUUUUCCCAUUCACUUCUCGCUAUUUGCCUUUGGCAGCGAAUCGGUGUUUACUACAUUCUAAGAUAGUGAUCGGUGCUUAAGCUGUGGAGUGACAUUUUGAUAAAUCGCGGAUUUGCGGAAAAACAUCUAGCAGAACUUUGUGCCAAGAAACGUGUGCCGUAUUUGAUUGUGAACAGUUUUUGCCCGAGCGAGCCUGGGCGGAAAAAUGAAAGUGGUAAACAUCAACAGUGUGAAUCACCAGCACCAUUUGGACGGGCUGCAGGCGACGCUGAUGGAGGAUCCCAUCACGCCGAAAGCGUCCACCGAUGUAGGGGAAAGUGCGAUGCUGGGCCGUGAUACUCCGGGCGGGGAAUCGCACGGAGGAGGCGGCUGCUGCUCCGGAAUCGUACUGCCGUCCAGCCAGGCGGUGAACAAGACGACGAUGCCCAAUCAGAUUCAAGCCCUGCUGGAGCGACACGAAAAUCCCCGCCCGUCGGUUUCGGUGGCAGCUACAUCGGCUGGCGCUAAUCCCACUUCAUAUUCCAUCACUGCUGUAUCAAAGUUGUUGCGGAACCUGUACCUCUGCGGCGGAAGUGCAGCCACUGUGCCCACAAUGCAGCAGCUGGGCGUUACGCUGGUUAUCAAUGCUACGACUGAAUCGGAACUGCCGAACACUCCAUUGCCCAGUGAUGACACCGGCUAUCUGCGGGUACCGGUCAAGGACAAUCGCGAAACGGACCUGGAUCGGUACUUCAACCAAGUGGCGGACCGCAUUGAAGAGGAAUCCCAACGCAACGGCAUUACCCUGAUCCACUGCGUCGUCGGUGUCAGCCGAUCGGCUUCCCUCUGCCUGGCCUACCUCAUUAAGUACCACCGGAUGAGCCUCAAGGACGCCUACCUGCACGUGAAAGCAAAACGUCCGCAGAUCCGGCCCAAUGUGGCCUUCGUCAAGCAGCUGAUGGAGUUCGAGUACAAGCAAAAUGGGACCCGAUCCGUCUCGCUGAUGUACUGCCACGCACUGGACCAGGAACUGCCGGACAUCUACGAGCCGGAGUUCCGCACGAUGGAGAUGCUGUACCACAAAUUCCGGCGGAACAUUGCCCGCCGCUAGGAGUAGUGGUUGGACGCAGUUUAGCGUCCGAAACAAUUCCCCACUCGUAAGAUGAUCGUGUAUUCGUCGCGUAAGACACUCGUAAAGGACACUAUUUAAUGAAAUAAUGACGCAUAAAAGUCGACUGUAGACUGUAGGCAUGAUAAGUUCAAAUAUGUAACCGCGAUGAUUCAUACGGUACUGGAAUGAUGUGUUUUCACUUCACACAAGUAUUGAUACCAAAUAUGUAUACUAAGUUAAGGAUCGAUGGGUCGACUGUCGUUUAGAAUAAGUUGCCCGGCGCACCGCUUCAACUUUCGAUAGGCUAUCGUGCACUAAAUCUUUACGUUAAGAAAUAAUUUCGAUUAAAAUUCUGAUGUAGUAAUUUUCUAUGUCAUACCGCGUAUGAAAUAGUUUCGUAAGAAACUUUUUUCGAACAGAAUAAGACACAUAAAUUCGGAGUGAUUUUUGUGAUAGUCGGAUUUUGCUUUUAAAUCAUUUUCGAUUUCUCUCUAUCAGCUAUCUAUAACUCUUAAGUUCGUUAAAUGCAUAAGAAUACUAUUGUACUGUUUUAAAAAUAAGUAUCAAUAAAAUGAAUGUUCAC